AUGUCCUCCAUAACGUUCCCGAACAGCCCAGGGUUCCCGUCUUCUGCCUCCUCGUCGAGCCACGAGAUGCGCAGCUACUCGCCCGCAUUCGACGGGGCGUCGUUCCAAGUCAACCCGCUCUCGCACCACCCGCCGCGCACACCGCGCCCGUCCGUAGCGUCAAUGUCGACCUCUAGUAUCUACGGGACGGAGAUGUACGGGAGCAGGAUGCAGGAGGAGACGAUAUCAGAGAGUCGAGUGCCUGAGGAGGACACCGAAACUGGGGACGACGAGAGGGUGUCUGCGGAGGCCGAGGACAAGGUUAGGAAGGAGGACAUAUUGAGAGAACUGUUGAAGACGAGUAAUGGACGAGACAAGGCUUUCAAAAUCAUACAGUAUUCACUGCGGAUGUACCUCCUCUUUCACUCGGUGGUGUCGGGCUCUGUCCUGCGCAGCAGACCGCGCUCCGCAUGGGAGGCGGAACUCGUCAAGCGUUGCGAGUCGACGAUCGCGGGCUUCUCGCUCACUCGAAAAUGUCUCAUCCUGUUCAACUGGCUCACGCCUCUGACCUCGAUAUUGGACCAGCACGCGUCCGUGCCGUUCUCCGCAGACUCGUCCUCUACGAAUAGACUGCCAGCAGAAAAGCGCAAGGGCAAGCCAUUGCUGCACACUUUCCUCCACGCGCCGCCGCCAGUGCUGCUCGAAUUGGUCAACGGCCUAUCGGACGAUGUUUAUACGUUUGCCAGGUUGGGGCUCAUCGGCAAGCGGCUGGGAGAACGCGCUGGGAGGUUUGCAGACUGGUGUUGGUUUGCUGGCACGCUUGUGAACCUGGUGGAAAACACUGUAGAGAGAAGUGUGAUUCUCACGCAGCAGCACGAAGUGGAAUCACGGCUCUACGCGGAGUCGAUGGGGGGCGCAACGGCCAAAUCAAACCCAGCGGCUUCGAAGGUGGACGAAACGGAGCUUGGAAGAUUGCAGAGACAAGAUUACUGGAUACAGGUGACACGACUGAAAUUACUGAUGGAUCUCAUCUUCGUCUCCUACAACGUCUUCAAUCUCAAACGCGCCAAAAGCCAGAUUCAGACGUUCGCCGGCCUGGCAGCAGCAGCUCUCAGGUGA